CAGCUAGUUUAAAUCAUUUGCCGCUCAAAUUUUCUCCAACUGAUCAGGGCAAACCUCCUUCAUUGGUCUUAAAAGAGUUGCUGGAUCAUCACAAUGGCCUGCAAUGCUUCUGAAAAGGCUGUGCUGUCAGAAGUAGUAGAGCCUACACCCCAAGAAAGUAAGACAAAUGCUCUUAAGAGAAGAAUAUAUGGCUGUUUUAAGGGUGCUCCCCUUGCAGAUUCUGUUCCUGCAGAGGCAAAAGCCACCUCCCCAACUCCUCUUUUUGGAUCCAUUUCUGUGAAACUACACCCAAGUAUAAAGCAAGUAGGCAUGUUCGUGGGCAUCUACAUAAGCGUGGGAUCCAUGUGCUUCUUCGUCCUCAGGAAGCAGCUCAAGGGGAAGUCAACAAAUGGACUUGUUGACUCUAUUUAUUUCUGUAUUUCCACACUGACCACAGUUGGAUAUGGAGACCUUGUGCCUGAUAGCAUCCUUACAAAAUUACUCUCCAGUUUUUUUGCUUUUGCAGGAAUGGGUCUUGUUGGACUUGUCCUGAACAAGACAGGAGACUAUUUUCUGGAGAAACAAGAGAGAAUGUUUCUGAAAGCCAUGCACCUGCAUAAAAAACUUGGUCCAGAUGAAUUUGAAAAAGAGUUUGAUACCAGCAAAGACAGAAGACUUGCAUUGACAAACUUUUUAAAGCUAAUUAUCACUAUUUCAGGGCUUGUAGUUUUUGGAUUACUCCAUCUAGCAGUUGUUGAUGAAUUCGAUUUUAUUGAUGCAAUUUACUGGAUUUCUAUUACUAUCACCACCCUGGGCUAUGAGGAUGAAAGCUUCAAACACACAAAAGGCCGUAUUUUUGCAGUAUUUUGGAUGUUGUCAAGUACUGUAUCUUUAGCCCAGUGCCUCCUCCAAGUUAUUGAGCUAAAAUUUCAGUGCAGGCAAAGGGCAUUCGUCAAGAGAUUUCUCGCUCAGAGGAUGACAAAUGUAGAUCUGGAGGCUGCAGAUCAUGAUGAUGAUGGGGUUGUAGAGGCUGCUGACUUCAUCUUAUCUAAGCUCAAAGAGAUGGGGAAGAUCAGCCAAGAAGAUAUUUCACUUGCAAUGAAGGAGUUUGAAGCCCUUGAUCAGUCAGCAGCUGAUCCAAAGGCUCCUGAACCAUCCCAAACAGAGAAGAAGUGAAUUACCUACUUAUUAGUAACAAAGCAGCUUUUGAGUAUUGAUUACUACGCUUGCUUGUGAAACAACAAUAAAUGUGAGAGCAUUACUAAGAACUACUUGUAAGUUUGUAAUAUCAUCUUUCAGUAUCAAUGUCAUGAUUUACUUUGUCUAUGUAACAAUUUCAUCAAUUUGAAGAGCUUUCUCCCCAUGUAAUCUUAUAAAAUAGGUCUUUGCUUCA